CGGGUUAUUGUCAGUCUCGGCAGCCCGGCGCAGGGGUGAGGCGCAGUGCAUGUGAGCGUGUCACAGAGACGCGGAAAACAGACAAAUUAUUGAUUUAAAUUGAUUAAUUCUCCCUCGAUAUUAACAUGAACAAAAGCUGCAACCUUUGGAGUCCUUCAGAGGAAUAAUUAAACGGACCUCGGAGUUGAAAUCGCGACGGAAGGUGUCCGUGCAAGGGGAUGAAAAGAACCGCUGGAAUUGAACGGUGAUUUCUCUUCUCCAGGAUUAAACGGCGUGUAUUCAAUUCCUGCACCUGCUCUCCCGUUAAAGGAAUAUCGCCUUAAACACAACCAGGGCUUUUUAAUAUAUGCCGAGGAUAAAUCAUUCCUAUUGAUUGUAUACGCCAAAGUCUGUUCGCUGUUCGGAUUUAAGGACAUUUGCGAAUCGCAGUUUAUUUAAUUGGCAAAGCACUUAUUUAUUUUAUCGGGUUCGUGUCAGCAGAAUAAGCUGUAAUUUUUACUGGAGUUUGCAGUUUUCUACUAAGCCUUACUCGGAGAUUAUUCCAGUAAGUAAACGGGUAAAGAUCCAGACAGACGGGAUCAUUGACGGUAGUUCAGAACGCAGUUAACGGAGCGCAAUUGACACACGGCAUUUUUGGGAACCGCUCCUCACUUUGAUCCGCUGUCUCCUAGGCUAUUGAACGAAAAGCACAGAUCAGAUUCAUAAAAAAGAAGAAAUCUUUAAAGAACGGCAAGGAAAAACUGCCCAACGAUCCUUCUGAACAAGCCGUUUUUUUUCGCGCGUGAUCAACGAAGAAAAAAGGAAAUAAACUUAUAAUAACUCUACUGAAUAUACCAGGGAUUAUACAUUUUUCCAUUUCAUCUAAGGACAGAGUGAGAUAUUAUUGAUUUUUCCACCCCUCAUCAUUUCCCCCUCGUCUGUUCUUUCGGCCGCUUCACGUUCCCACAGUCCUGUCAUCACAAUCCUGCAUGGAAAUCUAGUCAGCAUCACAGAGCGAUUUAUGGUCGGCCUCGGCAAACCAGUGUUUGUAGAAUCGUACCUGCGUCUGCGCAGUCAUGCUGGCCUGUCUGCAGAGGAGGCAGACCCCUGCACCCCAGCACGCCACGGCCGUCUGCAGCAGCAGCAGCAGCAAGAGUCUUGAGCAAACGCAACACAUCCACCGCAAAUGCGAGCUGACUGUCCCCAUGCCUUCCCCGCGCUAUCCCAGUGCAGCAGAGCUGGAUGCCUAUGCGCAGAAGAUGGCCAACAGCCCUCUGUCCAUAAAGAUCUUCCCCACCAACAUCAGGGUCCCCCAACACAAGCACCUAAACCGGACUGUGAACGGAUAUGACACCACCGGACAGCGCUACAGCCCCUACCCCCACCUCCACACAGGGGGCUACCAGGGUCUGUUAGCAAUAGUCAAACUCUCAUCAUCGUCGUCAUCAUCCUCAUCUUCCUCAUCAUCUUUCAACACAAAGGGCGUCGUCAAAAACUCUGAGGGCAGGAGGACUAAGUUGUCUCCGGCGCAGAUAGCAGUGGCUCCUUAUCCGCCUCCCAACAGCAGCACUUUAGGUCAUUGCCACGGACAGAUUGUGUACCACACAGGGCAUCCCAAACCGCCAGAGGCCACCACUCUAUCAGUCCCCCCUAACGUCACUGUGGCCAGCUCCGUGAUCCCUGUUGCAGGGGGCCGAGGAUUGAACCUCCCUCCUCAAUCGAAUCUUCCCUCCAUCCAGAGCAUCAUUUACCAGAUCAACCAGCACUGCCAGGCCCAGGCUCUGCAGCAGGUGUGUCAGAACGGGGCCUCGACGGGACCUCCGAACCGUAGCCCAUCCAAACAGGGCACCGCUAACUCCUCAGGGGGGACUUACGUCACUAGUGUGGCUCCGCAGGGAAACAUGCCCUAUUCAGGGACUGUGCUACCAGGGCAGAACGGGGAGGCAAUGAAGGCUGGGGUGUAUCCCGAAGGUAUGGAAUAUCUGCUGUGGCAGAAACAACAGCAACAGCAGCAGGCAGUUUUGAGGAUGUACAGUGGAGGGAGCGGAGGUGGAGGUGCCAUCAGCAAGUCACCUGAAACCUGUGCCCCAGGAGGGUCCAUCAUGCUCGGAGGGGCACAGGUGUCCUCCUCAAGAGGUUAUCCGAUGACGGCCAGUACGAGUGGGGGUGGACUAGACAAGGUCAGCUCCUCGCCUUUGAACUGUGUGGGGAUGCAUGGAAACUUUUCUGUCGGUCAGUACUUUGCGCCUCCAUGGAACAGUGUUCUGGUGACACCGGACAGUGACUGCUACAACCCACAAGAGCUGCCAGGAGCUACAACCACAGCCGGACCAGUGACGGGACACAGGGAGCUGGGAUUCCACCACCAUCACCAACACCCUCAUCAUCAUCACCACCACAACCAUCAUCAUCAUCACCACCCCCCCAUAGACAGCACGGGUCUGUGCUGCAGUUUGCCUAGUAAGAGUCUAUGUAAUGCUUCAGUGUUGAGCAGCAGUCUGCAGUCACUGGAAUACCUGAUCAAUGACAUCCAUCCUCCCUGCAUCAAAGAGCAGAUGUUGGGGAAGGGAUACGAGACCGUGUCUGUGCCGAGACUAUUGGACCACCAGCAUGCGCACAUCCGCCUCCCUGUUUACAGAUAAGAAGAGACGGGACUGUCCAAUAUAAAGAGCGAAUGGAAAAUCUUUAAUCACAAACUGCAGUUCUUGCCAUUGCCUAGAUUUGCAGUGGAGUUCCGUGAUCCUGCUCAAAGCAGACUGGGGGAGAUCUGGAUCAAAACAUGGUCGGGUGAAUGCUGGAAAGCCAAUUGGUGCCUCUCGGCUCAGAGCUGAGAGAGAAUUGCUGGCUAGGAAUUGGAAUGUUCCUAAAUGUGGAUUCUUUUUGCCAAGAGGGAUUUUUUUCUUUUUUCUUCUUCAUUGUUGUUGUUUUCCAAUUGUUUCUCUUUUUUCCCCUUUUAAUUAUUUUAUCGGACUCAUUUAAAUUAUUUUUAAUUUUUUUUGGUUUAAAAAUGAAGUAUAUAUGGCCUCCUCUCCUCCCCACAUCGCAAGUAGCCGUUUGGAUUAGCAUGAUGAAGAUGAUGGUCUUAAAGCACCACGGUUGUCUAUAGAAGAUACAGUUAAACCUAUGCUCACAUAACACUGUAAGAGGUAAUGGUAUGCGCACAUUACAACAUUUCAAAGACCAAAAAGGCAACUAGAUCAGUGCUUUUAGGUAACAUUAAUUGAUAAAAUGGAAAAACCGUAGUGUUAAUUGAUUUUUCAUAGAAAUUGCACUGCUUGGGGUGUAACAAUGUGUGAAAAGUCUUGGCAGGUUGGAAAUUAGACAUUUGAAUAUAAUGUAUUUAAAGAACAUGAAGACUUGAACCUAUUUUUGUUGUUUUAUAUAUACUUGUAGUAUAUAAUAUGCAUUGGCUGCUAAGGGAGUAAGAGUGUAAAAUGCUUAGGUUUUUAAUGUUUCGUUAAGGGUCAUUCGUUUUGAUUUUAUUCUCUUUUGGCUGCAGUAUAAGUUUCUGCUGUUCUCAUGGUGUAAUCAGCACCGAGAGCUAAACAACAGAAUUCUCAUUUAUUUAACACUGGAAUCAAAUCUCCAAAUAAGCAGAUAUAUAAUGAAAGCUCUGUGAAAGCUCUGAAAUGAGACCGCCCUCAUUAACAAGAUUAGGCCGAUCCGGUCUGUUUAAAAAGAAACAUCAUAUAAACUCUGGAAAUGAGCUGUCUGUUGUUGGAAAGCUUGUUCUUGAUUGGUUAGGGAUCAAAUAUACCUUCCCUCACUGCUUUGAAGUUGCAAAGUACCCUCGAGACCAUUAAAUGAGGACCUGAGAGGAGUUAAACUAUCAGAGGUGUCGCUUGACCAUUCCUUUUUUUGAAACGAUAAAAACAAUCAUUGCCUCUCUUGAACAGAGGUGGAAGGAGAGGUGACGAGCGUUUUUCUCAGCUCUGUGCUAGCGGUUUGAGCCGGGUUGAGGCCGCUCGUAAGCUUUGUCUCAACACUGAAAUAUUUAUUCCGACUGUGACUUUCCUGUGAAUGUACUGCACUUAGAUUACUGAGAAGACUAAUGCCUUGUGGGACAGAGAGGGGGAAAAUAAAGAAAAAUUGGAUGGGCACAGCGGUCCCUGGCGUUAAAUUAGCAUUUCUUUUGUCAGUCAAAUUUCACCGGUAAAUUGAAUUUAAAAACUCAAGUGAGUCGACAGGGGUUUCUGGCGGAGGCAAAAAGCUGGCUACAGUCUAGAUUUAUGAAGUGCAAUUAUUAUGACUGUAUUAACAAUUUUGUUUUCUCUGAGCUUACACCAAAAAAAGAAAAAUGUAAAAGUACAGCUGUGUCUACAUUCCCAAUGUACCACAUACUCAUUCCCUUCUUGUUUUGAGGUGCAAAAUAAAAUGAUUUCAAGAAUUUAUUGAGAAACCCAC